AUGAUUGAUUUACAACAAUUAAAAAAUUUAAAACUUGAUUAUGAAGAUAAUAUUGCGAUUGUGCAAAUUAGUCAAGAAAAUUCUAAAGUUAAUACCUUAUCGCGAGCAAUGACAAAUGAGUUUAUUCCAGUAUUUGAUCAUCUAAAGUCCGAUAAUAAUAUUCAAGGAAUUGUUGUUAUAUCAUCUAAACCUGGUUCAUUUAUUGCCGGUGCUGAUAUUAAUAUGAUUGAAUCACUCAAAUCGCACGAUGAACUUUUCACAGCAUCACGUCAAGGCCAAGAAAUUAUGAAUCGAAUUGAACAAUCAUCAAAACCAAUCGUUGCAGCUAUUGCUGGAUCAUGUCUUGGUGGUGGAUUUGAACUUGCUUUGGCAUGUCAUUAUCGUAUUGCAAUGAAUGAUAAACGCACGGGCUUUGGAGUGCCAGAAGUUAAAUUGGGAUUAUUACCUGGUGCUGGUGGUACACAAAGACUUCUAGAAAAUCUUUCACUGUCUGAUGCACUCGAUCUCAUGCUAACUGGUAGAGAAAUUAAAGCAAAAAAAGCUAAAGCAAUGGGCUUAGUUGAUUUUCUUGUUGAACCUGUUCGAUCCGAUGUUCAAAAUAUCGAAGAAGAAAAUAUCGCAUAUUUACGAUCAAUCGCUAUACAAAAAGUCAAGCUGCUGAUUGUAAAAAAAGCUUCCAAGCAAAAAUCUGGACUAAUGAAAAAUAUAAAAUCAAUAAUAAUGGAAAAUUCGUACGUACGAAAUUAUAUUUUAUCACAAGCUCAAACAAAAGUAAUGUCACAAACACAAGGUCUUUAUCCAGCACCAUUGAAAAUUCUAGAUGUCAUUCGGCAAACACUGGAAAAUGGUUCAACGAUUGGAUACAAUGCUGAAGCAGAAGCUUUUGCAGAUCUUGCUAUGACCAAUGAAUCAAAAGCGUUAAUCAGUCUAUUUCAUGGACGUACUCAAUGUAAAAAGAAUAAAUAUGGAAAUUCGGAACGAGAAAUCAAAAACAUGGCUGUGAUAGGUUCAGGUGUGAUUGGUGCUGGUAUUGCACAUGUAUCGAUUGAUAAAGAUUUUCAAGUCAUACUUUAUGAUAACACAUCGGCGGUACUCGAUCAAGGCAAAUCACAAAUCGUUAAAAAUUAUCAAACUUAUGUUAAACGAAAUCGAAUAACAAACACAGAAUGCAAUCGAAUAUUAUCUAAUUUAACUUGUCACACAACAUUUGAGAAUCUAGAGAAAUGUGAUAUAAUCAUAGAGGAUCUAUUUGAAGAUCUUAAAUUAAAACAAAAUACUCUUAAUGAACUUGAGCAAUACAUGUCUAAACAUUGCAUAUUUGCUACUAAUUCAUAUACACUGUCUAUCGGACAAAUAGCUUCGAAUAGUAGAUAUCCUGAUAAAGUUGUCGGUAUGCAUUAUUUUUCUCCAGUUGAUAAAGUUGAAUUGCUAGAAAUCAUACGAACUAAACAAACAUCGAACGAUACCGUUUCAUCAGCAGUCACGGUUGGUCUUAAACAAGGAAAAAUUGUUAUUGUAGUUAGUGAUAGUCCUGGAUUUUAUACAACACGUUUAUUAAUAUUUGGCUGUGUGGAAAUAUUUCAUCUCUUGCAAGAAGGGGUUUCACCGAAAGAUAUUGAUAUUGCAACAAAAAAAUUCGGAUUUCAUAUUGGUUUAGCAAUUUUACUGGACGAAUUUGGUAUUGAUCUUUUUGGAUAUAUAGUAUUUCAGCUGAGAGAGAUAUUCGGUGAUCGUCUUGCGAAUUCAUCUAUCAUUGAUUUAAUUAAAAUGUUUAUAAACAAUAAUUUACUUGGAAAAAAAUCAGGACAAGGCUUAUAUGUUUAUCAUAAUGAUGGGAAGAAAGAGAUUAGUCCAAAAUUAAAACAAUUGCCUAAAAAUUACUUCACACCAAGGAAAGACAUAUCAAUGAUAGAAACUAUUCAAUGGCGUAUAAGUCUUCGCAUGUUAAAUGAAGCUGCACGAUGUCUUGAAGAGAAUGUUAUUAGCACGCCUACUGAUGGUGAUAUAGGUGCUGUAUUUGGUCUUGGCUUUCCUCCAAUGAAAGGAGGACCAUUUCAUUUUAUGGAUACCUAUGGAAUUUCUAACAUACUCGACGUUAUGAAUAAUUUUCAAUCAGAAUAUGGGAAUCGCUUUGCUCCAACACAACUACUGAUAGAUAUGACCAACGAAAACAAAAAAUUCUAUUCUUAA